GCCGCCGCAGCACGCCGCCGGAUUUCGCGUAUAAUAAUACUUUUACUACUCAUAUACGCGAGCGUACACAUCGCGGACGUGCGCAUCGCGUAUAUUAUACCGCACACACAUCCGCCACCGCCGCCGCAAUGGACGACGACGCUGCCGCUGUCACCGCCGCCUGGUUGCGUGCCGACGAGUGUCACUGCGACCGUCGCCGUUUCGCCCGCGAUUAGCCGUUACCGUGGUUAGCCGAUUUGAUUUUUUGUUUUUCGUUAGCCGCGUUCACGCGCCAAAAUCGCAUCCGUUUGGUUCGUCCGUUCCGUUCUUUUUCUGUUCGUUCGUUUUGCGCUUAUACCUAAUACCUAUACAUACGGUUUCGGUGGUCUUCGUCGCCGUUGUUAUUGUUGUUGUCGUUGUGAGUUCAAGUAACGUGAGUGCCGCGGUAAAAUCGCCAUGUUUUUCGCCGGCGGCGCGUGUUGUUGUUGUCCCGUCAUAGCCACCGCGCACGUCUUCGUAUUGCUGGUCGCCGUGGUCGUGUCGCCGUUACCCGGCGUCCGGGCCCAGGCGGAGGACAUACCGCACAACGAGGUAAAAAAUUGGGCACUGAAAUUUGGUGUGGACCUGUGGGAGUUUGGCAGACAAAUCACCAACAUGAAUGAAAUCCAGAGAAAAUAUCGAGAGCGAGAAUCUAAAGUACGAAGAAAAGACGGACUUUUACUUAUUCGAGAUUUGGCAGCAGAAGUUAAAAAUAUGAUGGAUAUCAAAAUGAAUUCUGUUUUGAGGCUAAUGGAAGCUGGCGAACAAUCUGCUUUAGCUAAUCAAGAGGCUGCUGUAAAGAGUGAGCGAUAUGUAAAUGAUGGAUUUGGGGAUUACAAGAGUCUCGAAUCAAUAGACCGAUAUGAUCAAUGUGCAUUUAACACCACUGUAAAUUGUGUGCUGUUACAGAGCACAUAUGUAGAUCCAGAUUCAGUCGAUGAAACCGUAGUACGAGAUAUGCAGUGGACUGAUCAUCUGGAUCCAAUAUUUGUAAGCAAUUAUGAAAUGGAUCCCGUAUUAUCAUGGCAAUAUUUCGGUAGCACAAAAGGGACACUCAGAAGAUUUCCAACACUGAGAUGGCCUUCAUAUUCAGGAUUGUCACCAUCUGCGUUGUUUGACUAUCGACUUAAUCCAUGGUUUGUAGAAGCUGCAACCAGUGCGAAAGAUAUAGUUAUAAUAGCUGAUUUUUCAAUCGCAUUAUCUGACUAUAAACUUAGUCUUGUAAGAGCUACUACUUUAGCGGCGCUUGAUACGCUGGGUGCUAAUGAUUUCGUCAAUGUUUUAUCACUUGAAUCAUCAAACUAUGAAAUUGUUCCAUGUUUCAAAGAAAUGAUUGUUCAGGCCAACGAGAAGAACUUAAGAGAUUUAAGAUCCGCCGUGGCACAAUCAAAGUUUGCUGGCAGUUCUAACUUCACAGGAGCUCUAGCCCGUGCAUUCGACAUACUGCAUAAAUUUAAUCGUACCGGUCAAGGAAGUCAAUGCAAUCAAGCUAUAUUGAUAAUUACUGACGGUCCAUUUGGACCAUAUAAAGAAAUUCUGCAACAUAAUAAACCACAUAUGCCGGUUCGAGUUUUUACGUAUUUAAUCGGCAAAGAUGACUCAAACGCUGCUGAUAUGAAUUGGAUUGCUUGCAACAAUAAAGGUUAUUUCGAACAUAUCGAAGACCAAAGAAAUCUUCGAGAAAAAGUACUAAACUAUGUUUUAGUUAUGGCUAGACCAUUAGUUAUGUAUCAAACCGAUCAUCCAGUAUAUUGGUCACCAGUCUAUCUUGCAAGCAAAGUUGACAAUUUAAAAGCUACUGACACUAUAGAUGGCAGACUUAUGACAACAGUAUCUGCGCCCGUUUUUGACAGGAGAAACCAUUCGGAACGAGCCGCCAAUUUAUUGGGUGUGGUUGGUAUGGACGUCUAUAUUGACGACCUAAAGAAACUUGUUCCAGCCUAUAAGCUCGGUGCCAAUGGUUACUCCUUUAUAUUGGACAAUAACGGACAUGUCCUUUACCAUCCUGACUUCCGACCAACGCAAUCUGAUUCGGUCAGACCUCAAUAUAAGACGGUCGACCUGAGUGAGAUUGAGUUACCGGACGUGGACACUAAUAAUAACACUCUAUUGCUCGAAUUGAGGAGAGAAAUGAUUGAGCAGCGGGAAGGUGAAACCACUCUAAAAGUCAAAAAUCACUUGGAUAAUAUGAGACGAGUAUCUACUAGAAAAUAUAAAUACUUUUAUCAUUCAAUCGAAGAUACACCUUAUAGUUUAGGUAUAGCUCUUCCAGAAAGUUAUGGAAUGUAUGAACUGCUCGGAGAAGAAGAAAUCAAGUUAACUCAAUUCAAUAUUACAGAGUAUUUUAAAGGAAAAAACUGGAAAGUCCACCCCGAGUGGGUUUAUUGUGAAUAUAACUAUGGCAAUGAACAUAACUUUAAAACUCCAGAGGAUAGAGUGUUGCAUUUUUUGUCCAGAUCCAAACGUCCUGGUUGGAAAUGGAUGUCAUUAAGGUCUAGAAUGCCACAAAGAGAACCUGGUACAAGUCAGGUUUAUAACACGUGGAGAAAGGAAAAAGACUCUCAUUACUGCGAUAAAAAUCUUUUACAAUCCUUAGUAUUCGAUGCAUUAGUCACUGAUAGUCUUGAAAAACUAACAAGUCAAAUAUCUAAGGCUGAUAAACAUAAAUCUACAAACACGUUACUCAAAAUGCAAAAUUUAAAAAAUAGCCAAGGACAUCAUAUGUUUGGUGUAACGCUUACGUUCAUUGCGACAAGGAGUGGAUUAUUGAGAUGGCGAGAUCACGGAACAAAUAAUAACAGAGGCCCCGAACCACAUUUUAGCGAAACCAACAAAAAAGCCAUAGACGAGGUGUGGUACAAAAGAGCGAUUGACCAGCACAACAUAGAACCUGAAAGUUUUGUGUUUUCAGUGCCAUUCAAUUCUGGCGCUGGUCUCGAUCGACCACUGAUUACAGCUACCCACGCCAUGUUCGUUGAAAAUAAAGGUCAUCGAGCAGCAGCCGCGGUUGUCGGCAUACAAUUUCAACAUUCAUCGAUCGCUUCGCACUUCAUCAACAUCACUUCAGCCUGUACUGGCAUGACCGGAUGCAAGAAGACGUGUGCUUCCGAUGAUCUCGACUGCUAUGUGUUGGAUAACAACGGUUUCAUCAUAAUAUCCGAACAAUCGCAUCAUACCGGACAGUUUUUCGGGCAAACAGACGGUACGAUUAUGGACUCGUUGGUUCAAGACGGCAUUUACAAAAAAAUCACCAUACUGGACAACCAAGGCGCGUGUCAUAGCGGUAUCGAACAUGGAACCGAUUCCGCGUCUUCACUACGACCUUUCCAGCCGGUCGUCUGGUUUGUAAGGUGGUUAUUAGGUCGAUUGGCUUGGUUAGCAAUCGAAACUAACAUCUAUCACGUUCUAUUCCCGGACUGGAUUCAAGCUCAAGAAGAAGAUCCAAUGUAUUCGGAAUACGACCUGGGACCAGAUGAAUUCGUGCCAGAUCAAGGUGAGAAGACCACGGACCAGAGUGACAAACCAAUAACAGACGGUGUCGGUGGUGACCGGGGGAGCUCCGGGAACGACUACAAAGACAUACCACAGCAUCCACCGCUGUACGUGCCAAGUAUGAAAAACGCCGAGUACUUCAGCCCAGUUUACAACCGAACUCAACCUGGCAUAACCAGGACAUGUCGCAAAUCGGUAGAUUUGUACGUCCUGCAACCCAACAGAUUGAAUAUGAGUGGGUCGUUUAACCCACUCAAAGGAAAAUUGACCAAUUGCCACGCUACUGGAUGCGAACGGCCAUUCAGUGUGCAAAAAAUCCCCCACAGCAACCUAAUACUAUUAGUGGUGGAUACUCUGUGCCCUUGUGGCAGCAAACAACUGAGCAUCGAACCACAAGAGGUUCGAAUGGCCACAGAUGAAUCUGGACAACCAGUGUACAACUGUCAAGAUCAAAACAUGUUCCGGAGACGCACAGGAAAGUGCAUUAACUAUCAUCCAGAAGAAAUUGAAAUCAAACAGUGCGGUUCGAGUUCGGCGCUACUAGUCACCUCGUACCUGGUACUACUGAGCAUGGUAACCGCCAUAUGGAUAACGUGAUCGUCGUACUUCGGCUGAACGAUGAAUUCCUCAGCGCCUUCGGUUUUACGAAUAACUUAUAAGUGUAUGAUAAUUGUUAUAUUUUUUUUCUUUUUUUUUUACAUAAGAUCUUUUGAACGGUUUUUUUUUAAUUUAUAUUAUUAUAUUAUUCGUUUAAUAAUGGCCAGCGCUCGAAUUUAUAAGUGCCCCCGCUAAAUCGUUGUAAUAAUAGUAUUUGGCAUACAUACUCAUAUACACACGCACAUAAUAUUCAUAUCGCGUGUGAAUUGUAUACAUCUUAUUUAUAUAUUAUAAUAAUAUAUAUUGUGUGUGUGUAUAAUGGAUCUUCCAUUAUAUAUGUAUAUAUUAUAUAUAAUAUAUAUUAUAUAAUACUAUGUAUGUAGCAUAACUAUACCAAAAUAUUUUUGUACGUCAAAAAUUAUUAUGUACUUAUAUGGGAAUGAAUUUAAUAUGAUAAUUGAUAUGAUAUUAUAUAGAAAAACUAGACAAUAAUUUGCUGGUAAAUGUGCAAUCGUAUUUACUAUAUAAUAAUAAUAAUAAUAAAUAAUAAUAAUUAGCAACACGUCAUAUUAUAGAUGAUAUUAUUAUAUAAUCAUAGUCAUAUUAUAAUAUUUCACGCGGCGCAAGUGCAAUGUUAAUUGUGAUAAUAUAAAAUAAUAAUAAUAAUAUAUAAUAUACAGUCAAGUGGGUUCUAAGUGUAUUUAGUCUAGAAAAAUAAAUCAUCACAAAAGUAGUUGAUUUCGAUUACCUACGAUAUUCUAUAUAUGUUAUAGGUACCUAUAUAGUAAUAUUAUAAUUACGCGGCGUAGAGUCACCAAUUCUACCCAGGUCGCGUAUUUCCAUAUUUCUACGAAUUUUCCGAGGACUCUUGCUCGGUCGUUCUGUCCCCACUGUACUAUAUUAUUGUAUUCGAGUACCUGUCGUCGCGAGAUCUUUUUUUUUUCACAAAACCCGACAAAUCAAAAACGGCCACGUAAACGAAGCAAAUAACAAACAAAGUCACCGGGACGAGAAACCACUAACCGAAAUCAGAUAGGCACGAUACAAUAAUAUCAAGUGGAUUUAAAUAAUAUUUUAACGCUGUAAGCACGCUUUCCCAGCGCAGUGAAAUCAGUUGCACAGACGGUAUCCCCGACUAUACAUGACCUUACGAAUUUUUCUCGAAAUCUGCUACCUACCGAAAAAUAUUAAAUUGUAUACACCCACACCGUGUGUUCAACACUGCAGCACGGAAUUAAAUAUAAUAUCCAUACAUUUACGUUUAAAAGUUUAAGAAAAAAAUAGACACAUCUUACCCGUGCAACUCCCUGCUGUAUGGCUGUAUUCUAUGCUAUAUAAAUUAUUAUAAUAAUAUCAUUAUCUACUGGUGAAUUUGCGUGGUUCUGAAUUAAUAAAAUAUUAUUUCAUAAUUCUACGCUAUUGAGUUUUUUUUUAUCGUUAAAAAUACCGUGUUGUUUGUUUUUGUGCAUUACACAAUACUAUACAAUAUUGUAAUUAUUAAUAUUAUCAUUAUUAUUAUUAUUAUAUAGGUACGUGUAUAUAAUAAUAGUAUAUUAUAUUAAACUAUUUAAUUGUUAGAGUCGUUUAAGAAGUAUAUUAUAUAUUAUAUAAUAUAUGUGUGUGUGUACCUAUGUAUAUAAUUCAGUUCACAAUGCAAUUGUUUUUUUAUCGUUGAACUCUCAGUAUUGUAUUCUUCUUUUCAUCGCGAAUUUUAUAUUUAUUUUUUAAAAUCGUAUAUAAUAUUACAAACUAAUGUAAUUCACUUUUUUUCCAUUUUUUUUUUUUUCGUUAAUUAGUAAAAAUUUGUAUAAAGUAAACAAAUUGUAUCUCAUCAGAUUUAUGUCGAUCAGAUACUACGAAUCGUGCGCAUUAGUAUAAAGGCAAUUUUUAUACGAGUACGUUGAUAUUAAUAUUAUUAAGCCGCCGUUUGAAUAAUAUUAUUCAUAAUUCAUUAUAUUAUAUUGCUUUUUUUCUCGAGUCGACUGUCGACUUGAACCCUUAACUGCACAACAAAAACACGCGCUAAUAUUAUGAUUUUCUCGUCGAUUGAAGUAUAUUAAUUACAAUACCAUAUUACCAUAAUAUUAAUAUACAUUAUUAAUUCGUGUAAAAUUAAAAAAAUAUAUUAUGCCACGUGAUAUAUUACACUUUAUCUAAAAAAACGCACAUAUACCUAAUAAUAAUUUUAUAGAAAAUGCUACACUUUAUAAUUAUAGUGCCGUAUCGAUCUUCUUUUUCGGUUUAUAAUAUGUCGCGUUUAACAUUUAAUAUUGUUAUCAUAAUACCUAUACGUCAUUAUUAUUAUUAUUAUUACGGUUUAAGAAUUUUGUAAUGGGUUACCGAUGUUUGCAGUUAUUAUAUUGUUGCACCACUGUCGUACGCCACGAAACACGAUGUCCGUGUAAAAUGUUUUGAAUUUGAUUUCGAUCCCAAGUCAGAUUUAACGUUUUAUUUGUUUGAUAUUUUAAACGGUAGUUUAUAGUCUAAAUCAUAAUCUGCGAUUGUUGUUAACAAAUAAUAAAAAUAAAAACGUGUAGGCAUAGGUUAUUUGUUGGACUAGUAUUAGUCAAUAGGUACAUUAGAGAGAUUUUUAUUAGAGUUUAUCGCUAUAUUCAAACAUUAUUAUUAUCGUUUAAGACACGUUUUGUGUUAGUUAGUCUGAUAGGCAAAUAUUUGGUUUCCUAUCCCCAAUUAAUAGACAAUUUUAUUUUUUGUUUUUUUAAUAAAUUUAAAUUGUUAACUUUAUAAACGCAAUAAAAAUGUGCGGCGGGAUUUUUUUUUGGUAGGUUUACCUACCUAUUGUUACCUGUCAGUUAUAUCAUAAAUAUCAUGUUUUUUUAUAUAUAAUUAUUGUUAACAUCUAGGCUUAACGAUUUAGAAUAAUUAUUAUCAUAGAACUUAAUGUUUUAAUAACUCAACGUGGAAUGUUCAUUAUUGGACGAACGUCUACUAUUUUUAAGCAUAUACGUACAUACAUGUAUUCAAACAUAUGUAUAACUCAUGUCUUCCAGUAACAUAUUAUGUUAAUGUAAAAAUUUUACAAAAAGAACAUCAAAUCGCUGUCAGUUCUUUCAGUUUUUUUGUAACAAAAUUAUUUAUUAUAAUCAUAUAAUCAUUA